CUUAGUAAAUAUAGGCCCAAAAGGGUGCAACACGAUAGUAUAUGAGACAUCUAGAUAUAUGUAGGGGAUUGGGACAUGUUGGGAUAUAUGUAACGGUUAUAACCCAGUCGGUUAAACGAUUUUUUGCCCUCGACCACCGUUGUCGCCGCUCGGCCUGACUGCCCACUUUUAUCACAAACAAGACGGAUCGCCGUCGCCGGCGUGUAACACCGUUAGUCGCCGAGCUGUGGGAAGUUGCUCAAGUUGUUUUUUUUGUGCGCGCACGACAAGGAAGACGAAAAUUUAACGGGCAGAGAUAGGUAGGUGUAAUAGUCGCGAGAAUGGUUGUAGGACAGCACGAGUAGAAACGGCGAAAACUGCGCUACCCUCAGUAUUGACUCGACACAGGGCCGCGCCAAAAAGUCUAGACACGACACGUGACUUCGCUACGCCAAUGGCCGAGCGAUGUGAGUGAACCGUAUGCCUGGACGAGCCUACUCAAGCGCGAAGUAGGGGUGAAGACUUUUGCCUUGAAUAGUUACUCAUUCAUUAAACCGACGUCAGCCAUCAAUGGUGCUAUUCAGCGUGUGGAUAGCAAAUCGUUUCUAUAACAUUAUUCAUUGCAUUAAAAGCCGAGCCAGCUAUCGAGGAUUUUUUUAGGCGAGUGAAACUAGAUUGACAGAAACCUUCUCCCCCUUGAGUGAAUACUUUUUACCUGAGGGCUCGGCAAAGGAACAUCGUCGUGUGUUUUGCUCGUGAAACCCACAUGUUGGUUUGGGUUUGUUGUAGAGGACGAUGUGUUCGUUGGAUUGGGAUUUGUAUGGAAGGCGAUGUGUACCUCGGCUUGUAGAUAGACAUCGCUUGUAGUGUGUACCUUCGGAGAUGUCGUACAGUCCGGCGCCACACCCCAGCCCUUCACUUGUUCUGGAUUUUUGCAGAACUGAACCAGUAAUUGACCACUAGAGUGGACUAGUCAUUUUCAUCACCAUUGCAAGUCAGCCUGGAACAGAAAUAACCACAAUUUUUCUGGAUGUAUUUGAAUUUUGUAGCUUACAGAUUUUAUAUUUCCACCAACGGAUUAAUUACUGGUGAUUGGUGCAGCUUUAACGAGCCAUUUGUGACCAGGCUCAUGUGUUGGUAAUCUCUGUGUCAUUCUGGAGAUUUAAUUAAUUAAACUUAAGGGAGUUUCCCAUUUCCACUAUCUUGUGCACGUGUUCCAGGCGUGAAGCGAAUGCACCCCAUUGGCAUGAGGUGUUUAUGUUCCGCACCAAGCGAAACACACUCGUGAAGCGCCUGUGGAAGUACAAAGCAAAGGAUGAAACCAAGGGUGCGGCUCAAAGGGAUCCCUCAGUUUCAGCCAGCAUGGAGGACGUUGACCUCAAGUCGGUCACCCACUCCUUCUUCAAGCGGCUCAAGGAGGAGCAGCUGGGGGUGCUCCUGCAGGCCAUGGAGUCCCGUGGGGGGGAGAUCACACCCUGUGUCCCCGUGUCCAAGUCGGAUGUACGGCUGGGCAAGCACUCACUCUCUCCGUAUGUUCUGUGCUGUCGAGUGUUCCGCUGGCCAGAUUUAAAAGGUGACACGGAAAUGAAACGGUUGCCAAGUUGUGCGCGGUUGAAUGAGGAUAGCGAGUCUGUAGUCUGCUGCAACCCGUACCACUGGAGCUUGGUGGUCAAGAUAGAUGAGCCACCCAUAUACCUGGAUAAGUUACCUGGCUCUUCACCUGCACAGAUAAUUGAUCACAAUGAGACAUCCACAGAUAACGAGGGCACGGGACAAAACUUCAUGUACUGGUGCACUGUUGCCUACUGGGAGCUGCGUGAGCGCGUGGGCCGUUUGUUUCAAGUCUCCGAGCCAAGCGUCCAUGUCUUUCAACAGCUGCCUCAUGGCAAUGGCGUUUGUCUGAGACUCUUCCAGAAACCUUCAAGCGUCGAGGUGGUCAGGAGAACUAGAGAGAAGAUCGGCUUUGGGAUUAUCCUCAGUCGGGAGGCCGCUCACAAGAAUAAUGUGAACAUUCAGGGGAGGGUGAAGGAGGAGUCAGGGAGUCAUGUGACCUGCAACAUACAGAGCGGGUCGCCUGGGUCCCCAGACUGUCCCGGCCAGUACAAAAGUUCGUCUACCUCAAGUUGCAUCAUACCACCCUCUUACCUGGAGGAUAUUUUAUUGAAAGAAAGCCCUGUGGGUGGGGGCAGUGAAGGUUGUGACACCAGCCGUGGUCACCAUGGCGACGGCAAUCCUCAAAAACUGCAUCCAGAACAUGACCCGAGCCAUGAGUUCAGUGAUGUGGAACAUUCUUUUGAUGAAAGCAUGGAUUUUACACAAACCACAGUUAUGUCCCCUUCUUCAUCCCCGCCGCCCCAGUGGGCAAGUCAGCUGCAACAGUCAUCUUCACCAUCAUCAUUUUCAUCCUUAUCAUCAUCACCCCCAUCCUCCCCUCCUUCAUACUUCAACAGUGAUACCUCUUUUAACAGUCAGGAAAUUCUGAGCUCAAACCAUGAACCCAGGUACCCGCCCCACCCCAGCAGUCAAGGUACCAACAAGAGGAAGUCCCCACGGCACCGGCCCCACCCCAGCACCACAGCCACCUCAGACCUGCCGUAUAAACAGGGAGAAGUUUGGGCCUACAACGCUUCAAAUUUCCCAAUCUUUGUCAACUCUCCCACCCUGGACCACCCCCAGUCCCCCCGGUCACUAGUGGUCAAGAAGGUUUUGCCUGGCUACUCCAUCAAGAUCUUUGACUACGCUAGGGCGGAGCUCCUUGAGAGGACAGAGGCCAGGAGUAAGUUACGCAGUGAUGGCCCGUUUGACCCGUGCAGUGUGCGCAUCAGCCUGGCCAAGGGCUGGGGGCCCAGCUACUCCAGACAGUUCAUCACAUCGUGUCCCUGCUGGCUCGAGAUCUUCCUUGGUGUCAGGCGUAGGAACUCCACAUCAUGAUGUUAGCAGAUGGUCUGGUGGAGCAACAUCAUGAUGUUAGCAGAUGGUCUGGUGGAGCAACAUCAUGAUGUUAGCAGAUGGUCUGGUGGAGCAACAUCAUGAUGUUAGCAGAUGGUCUGGUGGAGCAACAUCAUGAUGUUAGCAGAUCGUCUGGUGGAGCAACAUCAUGAUGUUAACUAUCAGUUGGUCUGGCGGAGCUACUGUCCCUGCCGUCGUGGUCUGAGGGUCAUGUGACUGGUCUUGUGACUGGCCAUGUGACUGUCCCGCUCAUUAGAUCCUCCUUGUUGACUAACACUUCAUCCCUUGCCUUAAAUUGUUUCACCAGUUUUUUCUUGCCAAAUUUUCUAGAUCAAAACUCGUAUGUCAGCCGUGUGGCCAGUCCUUGCUGGUACCAUGGGAGUAGUGAUGUCACC